ACUUCCAACAACUAAAUCAUCCCCAUAAUAAGCAAUCACCGUCCCAUUUCAUGAAUCCUUCUAGAUUCUCAGUAUUGGUCCAUGAUUGCACACUGCACAGUAACAGAGUCCACAAUUUUCUUCUCUGCAUGCAUGUGGAUAAUUAAUUUUCUCAAUGUGAAACAAACAAGUCACCUUCCUCUGCUCUAGUCAAACUCUUCUAUUUCCAUCUCCAUUUCCAUUUCCAUUUUCUUCACUCUUAUACUCACCUAAUAUCAACAACCAACCUUCUCCGCCGGCAUGCUCGCCGGAGUAAUUUCCCGUCGCGGGCCGCCGCCUGUUUUUAUUCUCUCUGCUGUUCUGUUUUUCCUCUGCCUCUUUACUUCCUCUCACUCUGAUGAACUUCAAUCACUCAUGAAGUUCAAGUCCUCUAUCCAAACUUCAGAUACAAACGUUUUCAGUUCUUGGAAACUUGCAAACUCUCCCUGCAACUUCACCGGAAUUGUCUGCAAUUCCAAUGGUUUCGUUUCACAAAUCAAUCUCUCACAAAAAAAGCUAGUAGGCACUCUUCCUUUUGACUCAAUCUGCGAGCUUCAAUCGCUUGAGAAGUUCUCUAUAGAGUCCAACUUCCUCCAUGGCAGCAUCAGUGAGGAGCUAAAGAACUGCACAAGCUUGAAGUACUUGGAUUUGGGUGGCAAUUCAUUUACUGGUUCUGUACCUGAAUUCUCAACUUUGAACAAGUUGGAGUACUUGAAUUUAAAUGCAAGUGGAGUUUCUGGUGUAUUUCCAUGGAAAUCAUUGGAAAAUUUGACAAGUCUCACUUUUUUGAGCCUUGGUGAUAACCUGUUUGAAGAAACUUCUUUCCCUUUGGAGGUCUUAAAGCUUGAAAAUUUAUACUGGCUUUACCUCACAAAUUGCAGCAUCACUGGGAAAAUCCCAGUGGGUAUUGGAAACCUAACUCAUCUUCAUAAUCUUGAGCUUUCUGAUAACAAGUUAUCUGGUGAAAUUCCAGCUGAUAUUGGUAAGCUUGUGAGGUUAUGGAGGCUUGAGAUAUAUGAUAACUAUUUGAGUGGGAAAUUCCCAGUUGGAUUUGGCAACCUUACCAAUCUUGUCUACUUUGAUGCUUCUAGUAACCAUCUUGAAGGUGAUCUUUCUGAGGUGAAGUUUUUGAAAAACCUUGCUUCUCUGCAGCUUUUUGAGAACAAAUUCUCAGGAGUGAUUCCACAGGAGCUUGGUGAUUUCAGAAACCUCACAGAUCUUUCUCUCUACUCUAACAACCUCACUGGUCCUCUUCCUCAAAAGCUUGGCUCCUGGGGAGGCAUGGAAUUCAUUGAUGUUUCAGACAAUUCUCUUUCUGGUCCUAUUCCACCUGAUAUGUGCAAGAACAGCAACAUGUUCACAGACAUGGCACUGUUAAACAACAGCUUCUCUGGAAGCAUACCAGAAACAUAUGCAAAUUGCACAUCUUUGGUUAGGUUCAGGCUAAGUAGGAAUUUACUUUCUGGUGUUGUUCCUUCAGGGAUAUGGGGUUUGCCAAAUAUGAUACUAAUUGAUCUUGGGAUGAACCGUUUUGAAGGUCCACUCUCAUCUGAUAUUGGCAAAGCAAAAUCUCUUGCUCAACUGUUUUUAUCUGAUAAUAAGUUCUCAGGUGAGUUACCUUUGGAAAUCUCAGAAGCCACUUCAUUGGUCUCAAUUCAGCUAAGUUCAAAUCAAAUUUCUGGUCAUAUCCCAGAAAAGAUUGGUGAAUUGAACAAGCUAACUAGUCUUAAUUUGGAUAAUAACAAUCUUUCUGGUAUCAUACCAGAUUCUAUUGGUUCCUGUGUUUCUCUGAAUGAAGUAAAUCUUGCUGGUAACUCUUUCACUGGGGUGAUACCUACUACAAUUGGGUCUCUUCCUACUCUUAAUUCAUUGAACCUGUCAUCAAACAAGCUUUCUGGUAAAAUCCCAUCAAGUUUUUCAUCUCGGAAACUUAGCCUCCUUGAUUUAUCUAACAACCAGUUGUUUGGUUCCAUACCAGAAUCAGUGGCUAUUUCAGCUUUCAGAGAGGGGUUCAUGGGAAAUCCUGGCUUAUGCAGCCAGACUUUGAGAAAUUUCAAACCAUGUUCAUUGGAAUCUGGCAGCUCCAGGAGAAUCAGAAACCUUGUACUCUUUUUCAUUGCUGGCUUAAUGGUUCUCCUUGUUUCAUUAGCAUAUUUUCUCUUCAUGAAACUGAAGCAGAACAACAAGUUUGAGAAGCCAGUACUCAAGUCCAGUUCUUGGAAUUUCAAGCACUACCGCGUGAUAAACUUCAAUGAGUCUGAAAUCAUUGAUGGGAUCAAGGCUGAGAAUAUGAUAGGAAAAGGAGGAUCUGGGAAUGUUUACAAGGUUGUGCUUAAAACUGGGGAAGAACUUGCAGUGAAACACAUAUGGUCUUCAAAUCCAAGUGUUCAGGGGAGUUGCAGGAGCAGCUCAGCUAUGCUGAGAAGGGGUUCUUCAAGGUCACCUGAGUAUGAUGCUGAGGUGGCUACUCUGAGCUCUAUAAGGCAUGUGAAUGUGGUGAAGCUCUAUUGUAGCAUCACAAGUGAAGAUAGUAGCUUGCUUGUGUAUGAGUUCUUGCCAAAUGGGAGCUUGUGGGAGAGGUUGCACUGUUGUACGAAGACUCAGAUGGGGUGGGAGGUUAGGUAUGACAUUGCAAUUGGUGCUGCUAGAGGAUUGGAGUACCUGCAUCAUGGGUGUGAUAGGCCUGUUAUACACAGGGAUGUGAAAUCCAGUAACAUAUUGUUGGAUGAGAAAUGGAAGCCAAGGAUUGCUGAUUUUGGACUUGCCAAGAUUCUGCAGGGAGGAGCAGGCAAUUGGACCAAUGUCAUUGCUGGAACACUUGGCUACAUGGCUCCUGAGUAUGCGUAUACUUGCAAAGUGACAGAGAAGAGUGAUGUUUACAGUUUUGGGGUGGUGCUGAUGGAAUUGGUCACAGGGAAGAGGCCUAUGGAGACAGAGUUUGGAGAGAACAAGGACAUAGUCUACUGGGUAUGCAGCAAUAUUAGGGACAAAGAAAAUGCAGUUCAGUUAGUGGAUCCUACCAUUGCAAAGCAUUUCAAAGAAGAUGCAAUGAAGGUGUUGAGAAUCGCCACAUUGUGCACGGCCAAAUUUCCAGCUUCAAGGCCUUCAAUGAGAAUGUUGGUUCAAAUGUUGGAAGAGAUUGAGCCUUGUGCUUCAAGUUCAACCAAAGUGAUUGUGACCAUAGAUGGCUAAACAAGUUGCACCAAAGAAUCAUACAAAAAUUUCUCAAUUGCAGAAACUGCAUUCUUGGUUUAGUUUUGGAUUCUUAACACCAUGGUUUUGGCAAAAUUAAAUGCUGUUGCCAAAAUCAUGAUUUUGAGAGAUCCCAACUUAACAAGAAAUAUACUAGAAGUGAGGCUGUGGACAAAAUGAAUUGGGUUCAAUUAGGUGGACUUCUAAUUGAAACUUGUGCGAUGUCCUAAGGUUGGAGUGGAAUUACAUUCCCUACCUUGAGUUUUUGUUAAAAACUAAAAAUAUCAUAAUGUGAACCAUAUCCUAGUUAGUUAGAAACCUAAAGAGGAUUAGCUCUGUACCUUGUAUAUGUAUAGUGAUGAAAUUAUAUUUUGAAUCAAGUCAUAUAGCUCUGUAUCAUGCAUACACAAGCCAAUGAACACUGUUAUAAGAUGUUUAGUGCAACACCUAAACUAUUUUCCUCGUUUUCAA